GCGGAGCGAAGAGCGCGGAGGGGUCAGAGAAGGAGCAGGCGGCUUGCAUGAGCGUGUCUCUGCGAAUAAAGAGCCGGAGUCCUUCCCCUGAUCCUCCGCGGCUGCUUGGAUCCGGAGUGACGGUGCAAGAGGCCGGAGCUGCUGCUGCUGCUGCUGCGUGGAAGGCGGCGAGUGUUUCUCCUCCGCAGAGGCCGAUCCGGCUCAGUGGCUGCUCAGCGCUUGGGAGAAAGAGGCAGGUGAGCCUCCAGAGGCCGCCGCGCAGCAUUCUGGGUGAGAGUUUGGAGAGGAAGAGUGAGUGGGAGUUCAGGAGAGAAAUUAUGGGUGAUGCCUGAUGAAAGAGAGCACAGACUAAAAACUGGAGCACAAUUUAAGAAGAAAGAUUGAUAACCUGCUUGUCAGCAAAGAGUCCAAAAAAUAGUGAAGAACGUAAGAGAAAGGAGUCUGUGUCCUCUGCGUAGCAAAAGCUUCACAUCUGAACGAAGCUUUAAACCUCAGUGGGAAAUGGAAGCAGGUGAGAAAUUAUAUGAAUGUUUGGAUUGUGGAAAGAGCUUCAGUAGGAGUGGACACCUUACUGUACACCAGAGAAUCCACACUGGAGAGAAACCACACAAAUGCUCAGAGUGUGGAAAGGGCUUCAGCACGAGUGGAGCUCUUACUGUACAUCACAGAACCCACACUGGGGAGAAACCAUAUGAAUGCUCGGAGUGUGGAAAGGGCUUCAGCACACGUGGAAAACUAACUUUCCAUCACAGAAUCCACACAGGGGAGAAACCAUAUAAAUGCUUGGAGUGUGGAAAGAGCUUCAUCACGAGUGGAAAUCUUGCUUUGCACCAAAAAAUCCACACUGGGGAGAAACCACAUAAGUGCUUGGAGUGUGGAAAGCGCUACAUUCAGAGAGGACAUCUUAUUAUUCACCAGAGAACCCACACUGGAGAGAGGCCAUAUACAUGCAUGGAGUGUGGAAAGAGCUUCCGCACAAGUGGAGAUCUCAAUAAACACCAGAGAACCCACACUGGGGAGAAACCAUAUAAAUGCUUGGAAUGUGGAAAGAGGUUCACCACACGUGGAGUUCUUACUGUACAUCAUCGAAUCCACACUGGGGAAAAACCAAAUAAAUGCUUCGAGUGUGGAAAGAGCUUCAGUGGCAGCCUUACUUUGCACCUUAGAACCCACACUGGGGAGAAACCAUAUAAAUGCUUGGUGUGUGGAAAGAGCUUCAGCCGGAGUUCAGAUCUUACUGUACACCAUAGAACCCACACUGGGGAAAAACCAUAUCAAUGUUGGGAUUGCGGAAAGAGCUUCACCCAGCGUGGAGUACUUACUGUACACCAAAGAACCCACGUUGGGGAGAAACCGCAUACAUGCGUGCAGUGUGGAAAGCGCUUCAGGCUGAGUGAAAUUCCUGAUGAAUACCAUAGAACCGACUCGGAGGAUAAACCACAUAAAUGCUUGGAGUGUGGAAAGAGCUACAUCUACAUAGGGCAUCUUAUUAUACACCAAAGAACCCACACCGGAGAGAAACCACAUAAAUGCUUGGAGUGUGGAAUGAGCUUCAGCACAAUUAGAGCUCUUAAAAAACACCAUAGAACCCACACUGGGGAGAAACCAUAUAAACCAUAUAAAUGCUUUGAGUGUAGAAAGAGUGUCAGCCAGAGUGCAAAUGUUGCUUUGACACCAUAGAAACCACACUGGAAGAAGGAAGGCACACCUUACUGUACAUGCAUAGAUUUAAACCGGGUAGGAAUUAUACAUCACCUUAAGUGGCGUAGCGGGGGAAAGCUUGACUAAGAAGCAGAAAGUUGCCCGUGCAAAUCCCCACUGCUACUAUGUCGGGCAGCAGCGAUAUAGGAAGAUGCUGAAAGGCAUAAUCUCAAACUGUGUUGGAGGAGGCAAUGGUAAACCCCUCCUGUAAAAGAAAACCACAGGGCUCUGUGGACACCAGGAGUCGAAAUUGACUUGACGGCACACUUCACCUUUAGGAAUCAUACACAUGAAUGAAACUGCAGAUAGGCUCAAGGAUCUUCUUCAUUUGGGAAAUAUAAACCCUUAUGAGAUUUCUGCUUCUGAUUUGUCUUGCUUCCCCCUAGGAGAAUUCAUCAUCUUGUGUCUGUGUUAUGAAUAAAUGUGCAGAAUUCAUUCACACUGAUUAAUGAAUAUUAAUUUUUCACAGCAUAUGCCUUCUUGCUUCUGAAUAUAUUUGUGUCGGUCUCUGGAAUAUGGAUUCUGGAACUAGAGGUGGAAAUUAUAGACCUACAGCCAUUGGCCUUUUUGAGGCCAAAGUACUAGCUCAGCAACUUUAUGGCGCUCAACCUCGACCAUAUUCAAACUUUCCCCCUCAGGUGAUUCUGCAAUCCUAAUUUUUAAGAAGAAUAUUUCAAGUUGCUAAAUGCACUGCCAAUGUAAUUUGACACUGGAAGCUGUAAUUUUAAAACUUGGCUUUCAAUAUUUAACUUUUGUUUAAAACGUAACCUCCCCCCAACUGGCUCAUCCUCUUUGAUUGCAGUGGACACUUUCAGAUCCAGCUGGUGAACAAAAUUAGAAUCUAACCUAUUGACUUUGCAUUUUUCUCCUAAAUUUUUAUUAUCCAUGGGUUAUGGCAGUGCCAAGAAGGUUCUUAAGUAGAGGAUUUGCAAUAUGGAUCAUCAAACCCUGGUGGUGCAGUGGUAAAACUUCCUCCCUGUAACCAGAAGGUUACAAGUUCGAUCCUGACCAGGGGCUCAAGGUUGACUCAGCCUUCCAUCCUUCUGAGGUCGGUAAAAUGAGUACCCAGAAUGUUGGGGGGCUUCCAGCUAUAGAGCGGUAUAUAAAUGUAAGUGCUAUUGCUAUUGCUAUUGCUAUUGCUGAAAGGAUAUUGGAUCCCAAAAAUCCUUAUCGUGGAAAGAAUUAAAUCAGAUUAAACCAGCAAAUUAUUGCUAUGAAUUGACAGUCCCCACCCAUCACAGGGCUUUUCCCUUCACUCACUAGAAUGCUCUGCCUUCUACUGAGGUGUCUGGGACAUUUCCAGAUGUUCCAUAGGAUGCAAGGGUUUGUCCUUGUAAUACUGGUGCAGUUGAGUUCAUUAAACAUGUCCUUCAUAACUGCAUAUAUUUUAGCAGUCAAUAAAUUCUUUUAUAACUCUGCUAGGAUGUGUGAAUCGAUUUGGGUACUUAAUGAUUUGUAUCUGAAUCUGGCUGAUUCAGGUGAUUUGUAGACAGAACAAAUCAAACCUGUGCUCAAUUGCCCAGAUUUGGGUACAAACCAAAUCACUCCAGAUUCAGACCCCCCAAAAUUUGGAGAUUUGGUCCUCCAUUUGUGAUGAAAGUAGGUUGGGUGGUAGUGCCUAAUGAAUGGAAGCUACCACCCAAAUUUCAAAGAUAUUGGGCAAAGGAGUGAUUUAAAGUUCACUUUUUUUGAAGUUCACAUGUCUUUAAGCUUUUUUUGCAUAGGGAAUAAUGGGGGUUCAUCAGCCUUAGUUAUAACUUCCUUGGGGGGGGGCACCAGGAUGGCCCAGAGCAGGUUGUGGUGGGUGGUAGUGCCCAAUGGGUGUGAGGAAGCUACCACCCAGAUUUCAAAGAAACUGGGCAAAGGGGUGGUUUUUUUUUUUUUAAAAAAAUAUGAAGUUAGCAUGUCUUUGUGGUAGAUUCGGGGCAGAAAAGGAGUUUCAGGAGCAGAAGCGUGGGUCAGGUGGUAGUGUCCUGAUGGGUGCCUGCUACCACCCAGAUUUCAAAUAAAUUGGUGAAAGGGGUGAUUUUUAAUUAUUUUCUGAAGUUUGUGCAUCUUUAAGCUUUCCCCCAUAGGGAAUAAUGGGGAAUUUCAGCAGCUGCAUAACUUCACUUGGGCACCAGGGUGGCCCAGAGCAGGUUGUGCUGUAGUGUACAUAGGGUGCCAAUCACCCCCAAAAUGACAAGCCCAUGGGGCACUGGGCUUGAAUGUCUGAGGUGGACUGAGAGUUGAUUCUCGGGUAUGAAAUGAGAGUUGAUUCUCUUAUUUCCUACCAGAGAAUCUACUCUCAGAAGAACAGCUCAGACAUUCAAAACAACAAAACUGGACCGAAAUGAUUCGCAGGAUGACACGGUCGGUAUACUUGUAAAGGGGGGUCUGGUGAGGAUUCCCUGUUGUAAGUAAAGUGCAUUCCCUAUAGUAAAGGGGGGUGGAGAGAGAAAGGGUAGCUUAUACCUUUUAAAAUUCAGGUGCUGGGCUUGCAGAAGCAGUGGUGGAGACAUCAAAGUGGCAACGGGGAUUUCUCCCUCCACUUUUGUGAAUUUUGCACAUGCUCAUAGGACAUUUGCGUCACCACCUCCAAUCUCACCGCUGCCAUCCCUGGCACCACCGGCACCUGAAUUUCAAAGGAAAACACUACCUUUCAUCUUGCCCCCUCAUUUACUCUAGGGCAGGGAUUCUCAACGUUGGGUCCCCAGAUGUUAGUGGACUUCAACUCCCAUAAUCCCCAGCCCCAGUGGCCUUUGGUUGGGGGUUAUGGGAGUUGAAGUCCAAUAACAUCUGAGGACCAAACGUUGAGAAUCCCUGCUCUAGGGAAUUCCCUUUUCUUUUAAAGGGGAAUCCUCGCCCGAUCCCCCUUCACAAGUUGUGGAGAAACGAGGCCUAAACCUCUUCUUUUUGUACUAUAAAUUUCUUUGCUGUUCACUAUAUUAAGGGGGUCAAAGGUUCAUAGCUCCUGUUCUGUCGUUUCAUUUUUGAGGGUGAUGAAAUGUCCUGGUUUGAUUUUGGAGGGGAAGGGAGGUUUGCUUUUAUUGGUCAUGAUUUGAAAAAUAGAGGGAAUUUGAGUCAUGCUGAUGGGGUAUUUUGAAAACUAUAGGAGGGAGAUUUGUGUGUGUAUAUAGGAGGCUGCUUUCGGCAGAGGAGAGUUCAGUUGAAGAGCCCUUUUGGAGAGCUGGAGGAGAAUCUUUGUUCAGUAGAAGAACCAGUUGGAGUUCAAGGAGAAGAACUGAAGUCUUGCUUGCACUGUCUGAGAGAGGAUCAGAACUGGACCAAAAAGAGCCAAGAAAUCACUGGCAGAGAGUAGUAACUCUCUGCCGAGCUGAAAACACUGAAGAGCAAAAACACCCUGUCUGGGCUGGACCUCAGAGCUGUGAAGAAGAACAGGACCUGAGGCUGAACAAGGGAGAAGUCGGGUUGCUGAAAAGCAGAAGUGAUUGCAAAGGACUCUAAAUUAGGGCAGAGUGAGAGUCAGGCCAGUUCGAUUCAUUUUGAACGCAUCCUAUUUAUUGCUUAUGCUCUUUUGGUGGUGGUUCUUUUUUUUGUACUCAACUUUAAAAGCAACUGUUGAUUUAAAGUGAACUAAUCUCAUAGUAAAAUUACUUGCUUGUCUUUAAAGAAAAA